AUGCUGUUAUCUCUAUGCUGUGUUAUGAAUCUGUACCAGAACAGGUUAUUAGGCCUGGCUGCUAUGGCAUCUCCAUCCAGGAACUCGCAGAAUCGGCGUCGGUGUAAAGAAUCUCUGAGGUACAGCUAUAACCCAGACCAGUUCCACAACAUGGCCAUUGGAAGUGGACUCCAUGGGACAGUCACCAUUCCCCGCUCGACCAGUGACACAGAUUUGGUCACUUCAGACAGCAGGUCUACACUCAUGGUCAGCAGUUCCUAUUAUUCCAUAGGACAUUCACAGGAUCUAGUGAUUUAUUGGGAUAUAAAGGAGGAAGUAGAUGCAGGUGACUGGAUUGGCAUGUAUCUCAUUGAUGAAAUUCUAUCAGAAAACUUCUUAGACUACAAAAAUCGUGGAGUAAAUGGCUCUCACCAAGGUCAGAUUAUCUGGAAAAUUGAUGCCAGCUCUUGCUUUGCAGAAUCUGAAACAAAGAUCUGCUUCAAAUAUUAUCAUGGAGUGAGUGGGGCACUGCGUGCAACAACUCCCAGUGUGACAGUGAAGAAUAAUACAAUUCCUAUUUUUAAAAACAUCACUAGUGAAGAUUCAGGCCAGGGGCAUGGAAGCAGAAGGCUGAUCAGUUUCUCCCUUUCAGAUUUCCAAGCUUUUGGUUUGAAGAAAGGCAUGUUCUUCAAUCCGGAUCCUUACCUUAAAAUUUCAAUCCAGCCUGGAAAGCAUAGCAUCUUCCCAGCUCUUCCACACCAUGGACAGGAAAAGAGAUCCAAGAUUAUGUGUAACACUGUCAAUCCCAUCUGGCAAGGAGAGCUGUUCAGCUUUGUUUCUCUGCCCACUGAUGUCCUAGAAAUAGAGGUGAAGGACAAGUUUGCAAAAAGUCGACCUAUCAUUAAGCGUUUUCUGGGAAAGCUUUCCAUGCCAGUACAACGAUUACUAGAAAGACAUGCCAUAGGAGACAGGGUUGUUAGCUACACACUGGGACGAAGACUACCAACAGAACAUGUCAGUGGCCAGCUACAGUUUAGAUUUGAGAUAACGUCUUCAAUUUAUCCAGAUGAUGAAGAGGUCUCUAUUGCUGCAGACCAUGAAUCAAUUGAACUUCAAGAAAGCCCCAUUAAUACCUCAGCAUGCAACAGUAUAGAGACCUCAGAAAGUGCAGCUUCAGAAAAGCUAAAUAAACGUCCACUACUAUGCAUCAGUGUGGGCAACUCCGGAGCUGAAGAACCUACCUUGAGCUGCUCCUUCAAAGAAGAGUUAGCACGAUAUAGAGAGAAUGAUGUUGUACCAGAAGACACAGUUAAUCUCUCGGAAUCUAUCCCAGUGGAAAUAACGCCUUCCCCAAGUGCUGUGGAUUUCAGUGAACAACUACAUUUGCUGGCGUGCACUCCUCCAGAGUCUGAAGUUAGAGAAAACAACAAAGUUAAUUCUGUUACUCAGGGAGAUAGUGACAUCUUUAUCAGCAUAGAAGCCUUAUCUAUUGGUGAGGUGAGUGGGGAUGUACAAGCUACCAAGGAUUUAGAGAAGAAUCAGAAUGAUGAAGGGGCUUCAGCCCAAGAGGACCAAGAUGAGAAUGAUGAUGAAAAGGAGAGCAGGCUACAACUAAGGAUCAUGGUGAAAAGGAAAAGCAGGCCUUGUUCCUUGCCUGUGUCAGAACUUGAAACAGUGAUUGCAUCUGCUUGUGGGGAGCCUGAGACUCCUCGUACACACUACAUAAGAAUACACAAUCUCUUGCACAGUUUGCCUUCUGCCCAGUUGAGUAGUGAUGAUGGAGAAGGGGAGGAGGAACAACAAGGCAGUGUAAUAGAGAAUGACGAGGAACUGACAGUGAAGGAAGUAUCUGAGAAAGAUUUAGUUAGUGAGACUGAAACAGUGUUGGCUGAACCGCCUCAGGAAAACUUAGUAGAAGAGAACUUUGUCCGGGGAACUGUUCCGUGCAGCACGUCCAUUGAACACCUUGCUGAUUUAAAUGAACAAACAUUGGAUAAUGAAGGGCCAAGAACUGAAAGUGGCAGUGAACUGAGCCCUAGACCAAAUGGUGACCCUGAGUAUGAAGUGUGUGACACAUCCUGUUAUAGCACUUCUUGUUAUAGCACUUCCUGCUACAGUACCUCCUGUUACAGCACUUCCUGUUACAGCACUUCUGGCCAUGAGAGUGCCAACCGAUUCUCAAGCCAUACUAGGUUUCUCUUCCAUUGACAGUGCAAAGAUUUCUGGAGCACGGUUUUUUCUUCACAGGAUGAUGAAGAGGAGGAAAAUAGUGCUUUUGAAUCAGUGCCAGACUCAGGCCAAAGCCCUGAGUUGGACAGGGAACAGCUGGAUAGCUCUGCCCAUUGGCCUGAGGUUGGUAGUUCCCGAACAAAUCUACAGGGAACUGCAGAAAAUAUAGAGUCUCCAGUAGCAGGCCCAAGCAUCAGAAGAGAAGGUGAUUGCCCUUUGCUCCAUAAUUCUCAGCCAAUCAACCAGCUUCCUUCACUGAGACCUGAUCACCAUCAGUACCCAACUGUUGAUGAGCCUCUUCCACCAAACUGGGAAGCUCGAAUAGACAGUCAUGGACGAGUAUUUUAUGUGGAUCACAUAAACCGAACCACAACUUGGCAACGACCUACAGCUGCAGCUACUCCUGAUGGAAUACGCAGAUCUGGAUCAAUCCAACAAAUGGAGCAACUCAAUCGGCGGUAAAUAUCAAAUAUACAGCGAACUAUUGCUACAGACAGAACAGAAGAGGAUGCUACUGUCAGCAAUCGUGUGGAAAGACUCCUUCCUGGAGGAAGCAGUGAUUCUGAAACAGAUCCUUCCCAGGCAAAUACAGAAAUUGGAAGAGAAAUAUCUGUUUCACCAGUGAAUUCUCAAAAAAUCACUUUAUUGCUGCAGUCACCAGCUGUAAAGUUCAUUACCAAUCCUGAAUUUUUCACACUGCUGCAUGCAAAUUAUAGUGCCUAUCGAGUUUUCACCAAUAGCACCUGCUUAAAACAUAUGAUUCUGAAAAUCCGGAGAGAUGCUCAAUUUGAGCGGUAUCAGCAUAAUAGGGACCGUAAUUUCAUCAACAUGUUUGCUGAUACACGGUUGGAACUCCCGCGAGGAUGGGAAAUCAAAACCGAUCAACAAGGCAAGUCUUUCUUUGUUGACCAUAACAGUCGUGCUACCACUUUCAUUGACCGAAUUCCACUUCAGAAUGGCCGUCUACCCAAUCACUUGACUCAUAGGCAGCAUCUUCAGAGACUCCGUAGUUACAGCGCUGGAGAGGCAUCAGAAGUCUCUCGAAACAGAGGAGUUUCUUUGUUGACUAGGCCAGCCAAUAGCCUAGUAGCAGCAAUUCGAAAUCAGCAUCAUCAUGAAUCCUUGCCUCUUGCAUACAAUGACAAAAUAGUCGCAUUUCUAACGUCAGCCUAAUAUUUUGAAAUGCUGCAGGAGCGUCAGCCAAGUUUGGCUAGGAACCAUGCACUCAGGGAGAAGAUUCAUUAUAUUCGAACAGAAGGUACACAUGGACUUGAAAAAUUGUCUUGUGAUGCAGAUUUGGUAAUACUUCUGAGUCUUUUUGAAGAAGACAUUAUGUCUUACAUUCCUCUUCAAUCAGCCUUCCAUCCUGGCUACAGCUUUUCUCCCCGUUGUUCACCCUGUUCAUCACCUCAGAAUUCUCCAGGCUUGCAGCGGGCCAGUGCAAGAGCACCUUCUCCUUACAGGAGAGACUUUGAAGCCAAACUUCGCAACUUUUAUCGAAAGCUAGAAGCAAAAGGAUAUGGCCAGGGUCCAGGUAAAAUUAAAUUAAUAAUAAGGCGUGACCACUUGCUGGAAGGCACUUUUAAUCAAGUGAUGACUUACUCACGGAAGGAGCUCCAAAGAAAUAAACUCUAUGUUACAUUUGUUGGAGAAGAAGGCUUGGAUUACAGUGGCCCAUCCCGGGAAUUCUUCUUCCUUCUUUCUCAGGAGCUUUUCAAUCCUUAUUAUGGCCUGUUUGAGUAUUCAGCCAAUGAUACUUACACAGUACAGAUCAGCCCCAUGUCAGCAUUUGUAGAAAAUCACCUGGAAUGGUUCCGAUUUAGUGGUCGUAUCCUUGGUCUUGCUCUUAUUCAUCAGUAUCUACUUGAUGCUUUCUUCACAAGGCCAUUCUACAAAGCAUUGUUAAGGCUGCCAUGUGACCUUAGUGAUAUGGAAUAUCUGGAUGAGGAAUUCCACCAAAGUUUACAAUGGAUGAAAGACAACAUCAUUACUGAUAUUCUGGAUCUCACUUUCACAGUGAAUGAGGAAGUGUUUGGACAGGUAACAGAAAGAGAGUUGAAAUCUGGAGGUGCAAAUACGCAAGUAACUGAAAAGAACAAGAAGGAGUAUAUUGAAAGAAUGGUUAAGUGGCGAGUAGAAAGAGGGGUUGUUCAACAAACCGAGGCACUAGUUCGUGGCUUCUACGAAGUUGUGGACUCAAGACUUGUUUCAGUUUUUGAUGCUAGAGAACUAGAAUUGGUAAUCGCUGGCACAGCUGAAAUCGACCUUAAUGAUUGGCGCAAUAACACAGAAUAUCGGGGUGGUUACCAUGAUGGCCAUAUAGUAAUACGAUGGUUCUGGGCUGCAGUAGAAAGGUUCAACAAUGAGCAAAGACUACGGUUGCUGCAGUUUGUUACUGGAACAUCUAGUGUCCCUUAUGAAGGCUUUGCAGCCCUUCGAGGGAGCAAUGGACUACGGCGCUUCUGUAUAGAGAAAUGGGGUAAAAUAACAUCACUACCCAGGGCCCAUACUUGUUUCAAUCGCCUGGAUCUUCCACCCUAUCCAUCAUAUUCAAUGCUGUGUGAAAAGCUGUUGACAGCUGUUGAAGAAACUAGUACCUUUGGACUUGAAUGAAAAAAGGGAUUCAAUUAUUUCCUUGUCAAUGAGAUCAUUCCCUCCUUCUGCCAUAAGAAUUUGAUUUUCAGUAUUUUGUUUCUGAUGGAAAAGACAGGAGAAAUAAAAGCUGUGCAUGAAGAACAACUUUCCUUUAAGAACUAACUUUCAUGCUUUUCAUCUUUAAUUCCUAAUGGACAAUUACCCUGUAUGCAAUAUGAAAACAAGGUCUCCAUGUAUCUACACAUACCUCCAUUAGUAAUAAUGAAAAUACGAAUGCAAGUUACU